AUGUCCAGGACGCUGCCAUACAAUGCGAAUAUAACGUCGAAUCCUUCACAAGCAACCCAGCAGACGGAAGACGAACCCGAUUUCUGGCUGGGCAACCCCAGGUACAAUACCCCGGCUGUCGCGAGCCCUGGGUCUAUGCACCCUACAGCUGAUGUUUACGGCGUCGACGAAGACACUUCACACCACGAUUCCUCCUUUGACGAUUUUCUGACGACAGAAGCUUCCUCCGAAAACCCUUUGAGCGAGCACACCACUCCACAAGAACUUAUCUGGGAGCAACAGUUCAUCUCGCGUGAUUCGUUGCAGCCUCACAUAGUCAAUUCCUACGGCUCACAUGAGUUUGACGUCGCGCAAGCAACCACAGCGAGUUCAGAGCUGCAGCGUAUCUUUCAGCAUAGUGAAGAGACACUGCCGAAAUUCAUUUCGGGGCAGGAGCUGUUGAGCUCGAAGAGUUCGAUGGCCGGGUCUCCACGGUCGCAGGCGGCGCACAGUCAUACUGUUCGUCUCGAAGAGCCCGGCGCAAUGGACCUGCUGUCGGCCCAUCACAAAAGGACUGUCUCCCAAAACCUGAAAGUGGACACUACUCCAAACCAGACUCCAUCUCCUGGUCACAAGGUAGGCGCCUGGCAGCAGGCGUCGAAUAUGCGGGCGCCCAGUCCAGUUGUCACCGUCUCCGACUAUGAAACCUCCUACCUCCAGUCCGCAACGACUGUGACCCAUAUCCCGACUUCUGCUAAGCGAAGUCGUCGAAGCGACUCCUCCUCCGAUGAUGGUGAUGAAGACGGGCCAGGAGUCCCUGCCCCUAGAAAUGUCGAUGGCAUUACGUCCUAUCUCAUGCCCCCAGAUGCGAGCGGCGCUGACACUUUACGCAUUGGGUCGUCACCCCGUGUUGGCGUGGAACCACAUUCCAGAGAUGACGAAGUGGUCGAUUCAUUUAAAGACAUUGAAGACAAGCGCCAGCUUGAGGAGCGGAACGAUCAUGUCGAAGAAUGGCUAGCCACAAGCGAUGCUGGCAGUGAGGCAGGAGAUCAAGGCCCUCCGAACACCUCACGCAGAACGCCUCAAGCGUCAAGGCGACGCGCGCACACUGUUGAUACGCAUACUGAUGCACUUGGCCCUGUCUACUCGGACGCGCAUAUCCCUGGCCCCGGAGCACUUGUCGACGUGGAGACCGAUGAUGAAUAUUUUGACGACUCUGAAAUCGAAGUGCACACUGAGCUGGUAGUCCAGGACUAUCACGAGUCUGGCUCGCCACAGAUCUCACCACGCGCUCUUGACAGCCGUGAAGAUCCCGACGAAACUCCUUUUCCGGCUUUGGAACUCGAUGCGCAACCGGACCCAGAGGAACCACAUCCUAGCCAGUUCAUCAGACGAGGCCCUUGGCAAGACCCUGAUUCAGGCCCCAUUGUUACUACGAAGCAUCAGCCAAACACGUCCAACGCGGCUGCCUACAAGUUCAACCAAGAGGCUGCAAAGUGGGAAACUUCUUCGAGAGCAGCGACUUGGGGAACACGCCGUCGUCUUAGCGAGAGCGAGGUCAACUCGAUCGUGGACGGCAGCCAAGUACGGCACCUCUCCUUGUCGAAGCGAGGUCGUGAACGAACGAGCAGUAUUUUAAGCAAGGCUCGCGGCAUCUUCCCCCGACGAAGUAGUAGCAACAUCAAAGAGGAGCCGUCAGCAGAUACGAAGGAGCCCGUUGUGCCAGGACAUGCACAUCGCAGCUCAGUCGGAAGCAUAAAACCUGCGCAAAGGGUGCCGAGCUGGGGAAAACCCAAGUCACCAUCGAUCAGCACCGGCGGCGCCUUUCUCGCGAUGACGGGCCAGCUGGCGGCGGUCGGACGUGGUAACUCAGUAGCUCAAGAAGUCGAUGCUGCAAAGUCUUCACGACCACUACAGGCACUGAAGAAGCAGAGGAGUAAGAGCGAUGUGGGCAAGAAUGCGAAGAGUCCUGGCGGACUGGCGGAUCUAUUAACGAGGCACGGCGGGCCCCCUGUCCCCACGCUGGCGUCUCCUAUGCAUGAGCGUGAACCUAUCCUGGCUGCUCAAAUCAUCGACAACGAAGAAGCCCCUGCGGAUGAGGACGAGGACGAAACAGACGAGUUUGCAAUGAAGAUGGAUCUGGCGGUCCGGGCUGAGAAUAUCCUCCCGACAAUCGAAGGCUUCCGAGAUCAUGCACGCAAACUCAAUCCCAGGCUUGCGCCGUAUCUACUUGAUCGCGUGGCACAAGAGCAAAUCCGACGCUACAAGAAGCUGGUUGAAACCAAGAUCAGGCAUACCCGCUCCGUACAAGUGGCCAAGAAGUGCUCCUCGGGCAAGUUCUGCUUUGACCUGGGUGGCGAGGCGAGGUUGCUGGCGCCUCGCGUCAGCUCUAAGGAUCCGGACACGACGAUGACACAGUUCCAGGUCAGCAAUCCGGCGGACGAAGAAGUGGAUGAGGCUGGAUUCACCGACGGGAUUGUCACCCCGGCUUUGUUUCCUUCAGGCAUCCCACUGCCACCAGUCCAACGCCUGCCCGCGGAAUUUGAGUGCAAUAUCUGCUUCAAGGUGAAGAAGUUCCAAAAGCCGUCAGACUGGACGAAACAUGUGCACGAGGACAUCCAACCAUUCUCUUGCACCUUCCCGAACUGCUCAGAGUCCAAGUCGUUCAAGCGGAAGGCAGACUGGGUCCGUCAUGAAAACGAGCGGCAUCGACAUCUGGAGUGGUGGAAGUGCUCUGUUCAGGAGUGUAAUCACAUCUGUUACCGCAAAGACAAUUUUGUCCAGCAUCUAGUGAGGGAGCACAAGAUGACAGAACCCAAGAUGAAGCGUGGUUCUGGCAGCAGCAAAAUGAAGCCGGUCAACAAUGGCUUUGCAGAGGACAGUGAGGUGUGGCGACUAGUUGAAGACUGCCGCUCCGAGACAGAUAAGAAGCCCCAUGACGAGCCCUGUCCCUUCUGUGGGAAUAUCUGCUCGACGUUUAAAAAGCUUGCGGUGCACAUGGGCAAGCACAUGGAACAGAUCGCGAUGCCAGUGUUGCAGUUGGUGAACAUGAGGGAAGUUUCGCCUGACACCAUUAUCAGUCCAAUUGAGCAGCCACACGUGGUGCCGUCUUCUUUUGCGACCAACCUUGGUUCGGUGCACACCGCCGACCGAAGCAAUCUAUCGCCCUAUCCGACGAGCGCCACCUCGGCCUACCAGCCGUCGUCAGCCGGGCAGUCACCUUCGUCAAUGCAUGGUCGCCUUCACAAUGGAGACUAUUAUUUCGAUCAGCCAUACUACAGCCCGCAUGCGAUGACUCCGGCAACGCAAGGGCCGAUGAUGGGCAAUGGCUUUGGUGGCACAGCCAACUAUAUCCAUCAGUCUCCCCCUUUUAUGCCAUCUCCGCAGACGAUGCCACAGCACGAUCACAAUCUGUCGCUCCAAGGAACGAUGGUGACGCCACGGUCGCAACCGACGACUCAAGGAUACGAAAGCUCCUUCUACAAGGCAGGUGGAGGUGUAUAUUCCAAAGCACCGAUACCACAGACAUAUCCCAGCGCACAUGCUCACUCGCACUCGAUGCCAAUGUACAGUGUGGGCCAAUACGGACAAUCUACGAUAUUGAGUCAUGCUCAGGGAGCCAGCUCGGGUCCGAUGAACGCGGAUGUUCAGACAGGACUGGGCUUGCAGACGCCCCUGAGCCAGCAUCAACAGCAGCAAUACAUGUACGACGCCCAAGGCAGUGGGCUUACCGAGGCCAAGAUGCACUUCGCAUAA